UGCAGGUCCAAACUCGGAACAAUGAGGCUGAUCUUCCUUGUGUGCCAGCUUGGACUCAUUUUAAGGACCAAGGCCCAGAUGCCCGAUGCUUGCAUUCUUAGCGAUACAAACAGACCUCCAAGAAAUACGGACAUAACUGUGGUCUGUGGCACUCAGUUUAUGGACCUGAGCAUCUACAUCUGCCCUAUGUACAAUGCUCUUUACAAUGAGUCAAUGAUGGUCCUCAACAAUCAGUUCAAUACACCUGAGUGUUUUGGGAAAGCUGACUGGAACAUGACUCCACCUGUCCUAAAAUUCAGAUUCCCCCUGAAUGAAAGUGCUGUCUCAUCCUGCAAUAAUAACUUUAAGAUAACCACUCAGGUUGGAAGUGGGGCGUUUGCGGACUUCUCCAACGUCCAGUACGUCAACAUCUCUGGCAUUGUUAACUCCGUAGACCCCUCUGCGGGUAUGAUCACCUAUCGCCAGCAGAUCAAGUACAUGUUUUCCUGCUUCUACCCAAUGCAGUAUCUCCUGAACAACACUCAAUUGGCCGUAUCAGGUACGAGUCUUGCCAUAAGAGACAACAACGGAAGCUUCAUCACUACACUGAGCAUGCAGCUCUACGAAGAUAGCGCUUACACAAAGAUCCUUACCAUCCCGCAAACAGGACUAAACCUGAAGACCAAGAUUUAUGUUUCAGUUAAAGCUACCAACCUAACAGAAAGGUUCAACGUGCUGCUGGACAGAUGCUACGCAUCAACAAAUCCAUAUCCCAUGGCCACCACCUUUUAUGACCUUUUUGUAGGGUGUCAACGGGACCCACAGACUAAGUUGGAUGUCAAUGGGAUGUCUCAGAAAGCAUCCUUCUCCUUCGAGGCCUUCAGAUUUGUGGAGCACAAAAAUCAGACAGUUUCUACUUUCUACCUGCACUGCGUCACCCGGCUCUGUGAGGUGGCCUCGUGUCGUGCGUUAAUGCCUACCUGUAGUGCCAAAAGAAGGAGAAAGAGAGAGGUCGCAGAUGUGAUUGGCAACGGAACGGUCACCUCGCCUGCCAUCGUUGUGGGAAAACUAAGCAGUGAUGAGGCUCAAACUUUCUCGGCUUCUCUAGGUAUGCCGUCUGAUGCCAACUACAGCAGCCCCGUGGUGGCUGUGAUCGUCUGCAUCGUGAUCCUAACCAUUCUCCUUGUCGUCAUGGGUGUGUACUUUGUGUUGUUCAUCAAACGGAGAAAAGCACUCCUCCAGUAACACCCCGAGUGAGAGCGGAGUCCCUUCGCCUAUCUCCCAAACUACCAGUCUAACCAUCAUCUUAAAGUAUCACCGCUCUGCUGCAGAGACCGUAAUACAAGUAAUGAGAAACAAUAGAAAUAUCACACUAUUCUACUAUUUUCCAUUUUACAAACAGCAAUAUAACAAGGUGUUCAGCAGUAGUCUAGGCUUGAAACUAUGUAACCAUUAUAAAUCACAUCAUCUGCAUUGACGUGUUUUUAAUCAUGUUGUCAGAGUGUGUUGUAGUAUGCAAUCAAUGGUGGCAUCUUUUGUAAUAUAAUAAAAAAUAAUGUGGUUUGGGUUCAAAUCAGACGUUACUUCUGGCUUUGCAUGUGACACACAACGUGACAUCGCUCAGUUUGGUUGAAAAACUUGAUGUUUAAAUGGUAACCCGUGUCCUGGGUGAAAGUCUUGUGCUUGUUUAACCUACGCACCCCCCCCUAACCUACAUCCUUAUGCAGAAUCUGAGGUUCUUAUACGUUGUCACCAUACUUUCUGCUUUGCUCCCGUUAUAAUUACUUGGGCCCCUAAAGGACACUGUCCCUAUAAACUGUUCCGUCCUUGCCUGUUUUGAAUUACAAACACAUAUUUAACCCUUGCAUGGUAUUCGGGUCAAAGUAACCCAUUUCAAAUUUUACAAAAAGAAAAAUGGUACACAUUUUUCUACCUGAAAAUCAAUGGCUUUACCGUAUUUUCUGUGAUAAACAUGUAUUCCUGACUCAAUUCAGAAAGUUAUUCUGGAUAUGACCACUUAUGUUGUUUCCAUAGUGGAUUUUUAACAUGAAGUACUACUUCAUGCCAAAAAUCAAACCCCACUUCCAUUUUUAAUUGUGUUCUAGUAGAGACUGAUUGCAUUCCCUAAACGUAUAUGUUAUCUCAACUGUUUGAAAUUGAGAUAAGGACAAUAUUUAUUAAUAGAUUAUAAAGUAAAAUUUUAUUUCAGAAUUGUUUUCAAAACCCCAAAUAAGUCACGGGUAAAUUUGACCCAAGGGAUGCGAGAGGGUCCCGAAAAUGAAGACAAUACAAGGGUUAAAUAAUAGAAAAGGCAAAUAUAAUGCACUGUACUGCAUUGAACACACUGGACUGUUUGUCUCGAAAGUUAUAUGUCAUCCGUGUGUAAUUAAUUUUUUGGACAUUUUAAUUUAUAUCCAUCAAUAAAGUUUCAUUAAUAGCAAGUCUUUUCUGGUGGAUCUAGCUGGAAUUUCUGUCCAAUUUGAGUUUUUCUAGCUCUUUGUAUUUCCAUAUGUGCAGUUACAUUAUCCCGGCCUACUUCAGACAUUCAUCAGAAUUCACAAAACGAUAA